CUACCAAAAAAAAACUCAUUUGCUUAUCUGACUACUAGUUAGUCGGACAUUUAUUGGAGGUUAAAAUGAAAAAUGCCCAAUAUGAUUUUGGUGGGAAAGGAAGUACUCAUCAUAGAUUCUAUAAUUUAGUUAAUACAUGUCAUGUGUUAAAUUUAUUAGUUCCUAUGAAUCAAGUAAGAAAAUGACUCUACAGGCUCAACCAGGCCACUUCUCCAACCAUGGUUUCUAUGGUUCUUAUUGCAUGUAAAUUUUCUUGCAGCAUUAAAGAGUGUACUCCCAUCAAGAAAGCUAAAGGCCAUGGGAGCCGAUGGCGGCGGCGCCGUUAAGAGGCGGUCGUGCUUGUGCAACAAAGAAGAUUUUCUCCCCGAAGAGUCAUUCAAGAGCUGGGGAAACUACACCAAGGCCUUGUCCGAAACCGGAAUGCGGCUCAAGGACCGUAUUUUAACGCGGUCCCUCGAUGACACUGAGCUCAACGAGGUGCGGGCCAGGAGCAAUCAUGAGAUGAAGCGGAACCUUUCGUGGUGGGACCUUAUCUGGUUCGGCAUUGGCGCGGUCAUUGGAGCUGGGAUCUUCGUCUUGACGGGACUUGAGGCUAACCAAGAGGCUGGCCCUGCUGUCGUGCUUUCCUAUGUCGUCUCCGGCAUCUCCGCCAUGUUGUCUGUCUUCUGUUACACUGAGUUUGCCGUUGAAAUUCCCGUCGCAGGUGGGUCAUUCGCAUACCUGAGAGUGGAGCUUGGCGACUUCAUGGCGUUCAUUGCCGCCGGCAACAUCCUCCUCGAGUACGUGAUCGGUGGGGCCGCCGUGGCCCGCUCUUGGACGUCCUACUUCGCCACCCUUCUCAACCACAAGCCCGACGACUUCCGGAUCAUGGCCCACGGCCUUGCCGAGGGCUACAACCUCCUUGACCCCCUAGCCGUCGUGGUCGUCGCCAUCAUCUGUGUCAUCGCAUCCAUCAGCACCAAAGGCACGUCCCGCUUCAACUACAUUGCAUCAAUCUUCCACAUCCUCAUCCUCAUCUUCAUCAUCAUAGCCGGCCUCGCCAAGGCCAACCCAAAGAACUACUCCAACUUCGCCCCUUACGGGGCCCGCGGCAUCUUCAAGGCCUCUGCCGUCUUGUUCUUCGCCUAUGUCGGUUUUGACGCUGUGUCCACGAUGGCAGAAGAGACCAAGAACCCAGCCCGGGACAUACCAAUUGGGCUAGUGGGGGCCAUGUCAAUCACAACUCUGGCCUACUGCAUGCUGGCCGUAACGCUUUGCCUAAUGCAGCCAUACAACACAAUCGACGUCAAUGCACCGUUCUCAGUGGCAUUUCAAGCAAUUGGUAUGAACUGGGCCAAGUACAUUGUCGCGAUCGGAGCGUUGAAGGGCAUGACCACAGUCCUACUAGUUAGUGCAGUGGGCCAGGCUCGCUAUCUGACCCACAUUGCCCGAGCCCACAUGGUCCCACCAUGCCUAGCACACGUGAAUGAGAAGACUGGAACGCCACUAAAUGCAACGAUCGUUAUGCUCAUGGCCACCGGCAUGAUUGCCUUCUUCACCAAGCUCGACAUCCUGUCCAAUCUCCUCUCCAUAUCCACACUCUUCAUCUUCAUGCUUGUCGCAGUCGCGCUCCUCGUCCGCCGAUACUAUGUGAGCGGGAUCACAUCCAAUCAGGACCGUAAGAAGCUGAUCACAUGCAUCAUUCUGAUACUGGGCUCAUCGAUCGCCACCGCCACAUACUGGGCCACAAGCAGUGGGGGUUGGAUUGCAUAUGUGAUCACCAUUCCUAUUUGGUUUGGAGCAACAUUAUCCAUCAAGCUGUUCGUGCCUCACGCUCGGGACCCGAAACUGUGGGGCGUGCCGCUGGUUCCAUGGUUGCCGUCUGCAUCGAUAGCUAUCAACAUAUUCCUGCUUGGAUCAAUCGACGGGAUGUCGUUCGCCAGGUUCGGCGGGUGGACCGCACUGCUGUUACUGUACUACAUUUUCAUGGGGCUCCAUGCAUCCUACGAUACGGCGAAGGAGUCUGCCGAGAGGCGGGCCUACGAUCAAGCUCAAGGGAAAGUGGAGGAAGGGGGCGGCCGGCCGCCAGAGCCGGAUCUCAACAAGGAGGAAAUCGCAAGAGUAGAAAAUUGAGAAUAGUUAGGUUUCCACCGUAAGUAUUAGUAUUACAGCUUAAGAGGAGGUUAGCAUAGGAAAAAAUAGAAUUAAGUUGAAAAAUAAUGAGUAAUGAUCCGGUGGGCCAACUGCAUUGAAACCUUACCAUGCACGGUUUUAUGGGCAUUUUCAUUACAUAUCUGAACCGUCCAUUCGGUCCAGAGCGGCCUUCUUCCACUCCCUGGCAAGAGUCACAGCUAUCGGAUGACCCUUGGACUGAACUAUCUUCCAGGACUGAUCUUGUACCUUCAUUUUUACAUGCAGACAGUUGGAUGGUUUGGAUUAUCCAAUUAGCAUGAUUUCUUCAAAGUAGCAUAUGAAGAGUGAACUGGAGUUAAUGAACGGUCAGAUAGGCAACUUGGACACUAAGGAUUCCAAAUGCAACCUUGUGCAUGGGAGGGUUUCUAUGCACUUAGCCCAUUAGAUUAUUACUAAAAAUCAUUAGGAUUUAAGCAUAGAGGUGUGGUUGUAUUGUAUUCAAGAUUUCAUUCUCUCCAUGGUCGUGUGUGCAUGUA